UUAAGUCUUUGCUGAUAUUGCUGUUUUAAGUCAAAUAGUUCUUCGAAAGUGUUAGAUCUCGUUAUAAUCUCACGUGAAAUGUGCUAUUUAAGAACUUUAAAAUGUACAAACUAGUAAUCCACAAAUACAAAUCUACUACGACAGAAACUUUAUAGAAUGAAAUUUAUCUAUAAAUUUGUGUGCACUAUGAUGAUUGUUAUCAAAUAAUCAUAAAAUAGAGAUAAAUCAUGUGGGCUAUCCCUUAUAUAAACAAUAAAAACUGUCUACUCUACUCGAAAGACUAUUAAACUUGUGUAAAAUAAAUAUUUCAAUCGUAACUAUUCUUUAAAAGUGGGUCAACAUUGCGUGAGGAGCAAGUUGUUAAAAAUGAAUGAGAAGAAAUUAGUGCAAAACUUCAAAAGCUACAUCAACGUGUCGUCGAGCAAAGAAGAAAAGAAUGGCACUAUUCAAGAGGUGAAACCGAAAUUAUUGACAGGAGAGUUAGUGACUGGUGUAGCUCAUAAUGUGGUGAUGCUGACUCCGCUUAGCGAGAGGGAUCAUGGUCGCUUGGGAUCCGUCUUCGUCACCAAUUACAAACUUUCAUUCGUACCUUUAGAACGAUCUCAACAGGAUGAAUGCAGUCAGCGGAACCACCUCCUCGGACCUCACGAUGUGCCUUUAUUGGCUGUGGGUGCAGUGUGGCUCACCGAUGGCGGCCCGGUGCGGCGGCGACGGCUCAUGCCCUGCGGCGAUAUGCCCGGAAAGGUUAAAGGGCUCCAGAUAAUAUGUAAGAAUAUGAAAGUAAUAACGUUUAGUUUCACGACCGCCCCAAUGCACAGCGGCAGGAAGAUUGCCCUAUCCCUAAUGCACCACGCGUUCCCGAAACGGCACCAUCUACUGUUCGCCUUCGAAUACCACGAGCCGUAUUAUCCGACUCUGCCGUCCGAACUGAACAUGUUCCAAAGGCCGGGCGACUGGAAGCGUGAACUGGAACGAUGCGAAUGUCCCCACUGGCGGAUAACCUGCAUCAACGGCACGUCGGACGCCUUCAUGCUGACCGCGGGUGAAACGCUGAUAGUUCCGAAUUCGGUCCUGGAUUACAACCUGGUGGAGUCUGCGCGACACUUCAGGUCGGGUCGCGUGCCGGUGUGGGUGUGGGGCAGGCCGGAGGGCGCGGCGCUGCUGAGGAGCGGGGAGCUACUCCCCACGGAGCAGGCACCCACCGCCGAGAGUGUCUUAUUAGAACAGAUCCGACGUUCCCAUCCAAAGCUGACACCUCCGCAAGUCCUAUAUCUGUGCGGGAACAGCUUCACCACUACUGGUUCGAACGCUAACAUUCUACCUCCGCUCAGCAGUCUGCAAGCGUCUUUCAAGAAACUGAUGGAUCUCUGUACCCCUACGAAGUUGUCAGGGUUUUGGAGACGCUCACCAAGUAAGUCGCGAUGGGAAACUUUAAAACGAUUCUAUCGUCACGACAUAAACGUGUUCUGGGUGCAGGACGCGCAGUACCACUCGGUGCUGGAGUCCAGCAAGUGGCUGCGGCACGUGGCCACGUGCCUGGCGCUGGCGGACGAGGCGGCACACCACCUGGCCCGCAACGUCACCGUCGUACUGCAGGAAGGCGAGGGCGUGGACUACAGCGCGGUGGUGUCGAGCCUGACGCAACUGCUGCUAGAGCCGCACUGGCGCACGCUGGUCGGCUUCCAGUCGCUCGUGCAGAAGGAGUGGCUGGCGCUCGGACACCCCUUCUGCGACCGGUACGGCCUCCCCAGUCCCGGUAACCCGAAGGAGACCCGGGAGCAGAGCCCGGGCCAGGUGGCGCCGGUGUUCCUGCUGUUCCUGGACUGCACGUGGCAGCUCACGCGGCAGUUCCCGGCCAGCUUCCAGUUCACGGAGACCUACCUCACCACGCUGUGGGACUGCACGCACAACCAGAUAUUUGACACCUUCCUGUUCAACUGUUCCCGGGACAGGGAACUUGCCUAUACGAAUAAGAAAAACCAGCAGAGCUUCGUCCCGGUGUGGGAUUGGGGGGAGCAGUUCUCGGAGCAAGACAAGGCCCUGUUCUACAACCCGCUCUACGCGAUGUCGGCCAAGCCUUCCAACGUCACGCCAAACAGAUCCUCAAUAAUUUCGUCGCCGAACAAACAAGCCGUCGAGCUGCCGCGACUAGAACCCUGCACUUCGGUAGCGGGCACCGAGCUGUGGUCGCAGUGCUACGAGCGCUGGCUGCUGCCGCUCGACGUGCCGCACGCCGGCGACGUGCAGUACCACGUGUUUCACUACGCCGUGCUCAAGGAGAUACAGCAGUUGAACGAGAAGCUGAACUCGCUGUCGAUAUUCUCAAACAGACAGUCGUUGGGCGGCAGCUCGGCGUCCGGCGCGGAAGGGCCCGGGGACCGCACCGCCGUGUCGCGGUUCUACCCGUUCAGUCGGUCGCGGGGCCCCGCCGCGCCCGCGCUGGACGCCAUGCAGCUCAGCGCCAUCGACGCCGCCUCGCUGCUCGACUCGCUGUCGCUACUCAACGCGCCGGACUAGACCCCCCCAACCCCCCGCCCGCGUUACAUCCCCUUCGAACAAUUGUGCCAUGCGAACUUACACACGAACAAGAUAUACGGAAGCGUCAGACUAAAAUCUGCUAUGUGCAAAAACUCUAUUUUGAAUUAACGAGUAAAAAUAUUUUCGUGUAAACGUUUAUAUGAAGGUGA